CCCGAGGGCGGUCCGGGGGAGGCGGCCGUGGCUCCCGGGCGAGGCGGACGGCGUUGUCCGUGUGCCCCGCUACGCGGAGCGGGCAGGGGCAGCCGGCGGGGAGCGCAGGGAGGUAUCAGGAGUUAAAAUGACUUAGAAAACUAUUCGAAGCAUGGACUGUGAAAUGAACUCCUUCCACUCAAUACUGAAAGAAGGUAAACUGAAAUGAUGACCUGCUUGUUGGCAAGUUACAGGAAAAGCACAUACAAGGCAACAAAAUAAGGACUGUGGUAUGAGGGUUUCGUCAGAUAAACUUUACCUGAAGGCUGUAAUGUUAAAUUAUUGAACUCUACACUGUGUGACCUACCCUAAUACCCCAGAACUUCUGCAUGUGAAAUGCUUCAAAAGAAGGAACUGCUGUGGCUUGUUUGCAAUUGAAGUGAAUUACAUUGGAUAGAAAAGAGUAAUGCAGGGUGCAGAGAGCAGUGCAUCUUGAACAGUUUUACCACACUAAUGGAAAAAACUUCCGGUUUGCAGGAAAAUAUGACAUCUAUGUUUUUGCUCAUUGGUCAUCUCAUUGUACUGAUACCUCUCUUCAGUGCUGAAGGUUGUGUUAUUUGUAAUUACUUUGUGCUCGUUGGAGAGCCUACAGCUAUUACUUGCCCAAUAAUUACAUUGCCAGUGCUUCACUCUGAUUACAAUUUGACGUGGUAUAAAAAUGGUAGUGCUACACCAGUGACCACAGAAAGAGAUGCCAGGAUCCACCAGCGAGAGGGCUUGCUUUGGUUUAUUCCUGCAAUGCUGGAAGAUUCUGGAAUUUAUGAAUGCAGUGUAAGGAGCCUUAACCACUCUAACAAAAAAACUAUAAAGUUAACAGUUUUUAAGAACGAUAACGGUUUGUGUUUUAAUGGAAAAAUGAAGUUUGAACAAAAAGUGAUGAGCACAAAAACUGGAAAAAUUAUAUGCCCUGAUCUAGAACAAUUUAAAGAUGAAGACAAUAAUCAGCCUGAAGUACACUGGUAUAAGGAGUGUAAACCUGGAUUUCUUGAAGACAAGCGACUUCUUUUGGCAGAGGGUGAAAAUGCUGUCUUGAUUCGUAAUGUAACUGCGCAAGACAGAGGAAACUACACGUGCCAUAUGGUAUACACAUAUAUGGGAAAACAAUAUAAUGUUUCAAGAACCAUAAGGCUAGAGGUUAAAGAAAAACCACUGCAGAUGCAACCAGAGUUUAUUUAUCCAAGGAACAAUACAAUUGAAGUAGAACUUGGCUCUCAUGUAGUUAUGGAAUGUAAUGUAUCAAGUGGCAUAAAUGGCUUGAUUCCAUUCUGGCAAGUUAAUGAUGAGGAUGUUGAUAUCUUUGAUGAAACCUACAGGGAACAGUUUUAUGAAGAGGGGUUGCCUCAUGGACUUGCUGUAUCUGGAACAAAAUUUAACAUUUCAAAAGUGAAAGUAAAGGACUAUGCUCAUAAAUUCUUCUGCCACUUCAUAUAUGGUUCUCAACAAUUUACAGCCUACAUCAAAUUGGAAUCCCCAGCUCGAAACAUUCAGGGAUACUUAAUUGGAGGAGGAAUUUCCUUGGUAUUUUUAGUAUUUUUUACUCUCUUUAUCUACAAGAUCUUCAAAAUUGAUAUUGUCCUUUGGUAUCGGGACUCCUGCCAUUCUUUCCAGGGGAAAAAAGUUUCAGAUGAGAAGAUCUAUGAUGCUUAUGUGGUGUAUCCAAAGAACAGAGAAAGUUGCUUGUAUUCAUCAGAUAUUUUUGCUCUGAAGAUACUGCCAGAGGUCUUAGAAAGACAGUGUGGAUAUAACCUCUUCAUACUUGGGAGAGAUGAUUUACCAGGAGAAGCUGUGAUCAGCGUUGCUGAUGAAAAAAUCCGUCAAAGUAGGAGAGUGAUAAUUGUUUUAGUACCAGAGCCCUCCUGUUACAGCAUACUGGAAGAUGAGUCUGAGAAGCAGCUAGCCAUGCAUAGUGCUCUUAUUCAAGACAGCAUUAAAGUAAUUCUCAUUGAACUUGAAAAAAUACAAGAUUAUGCAACCAUGCCGGAAUCCAUCAGAUACAUUAAGCAGAAGCACGGGGCUAUCCGAUGGAAAGGGAACGUCUCGGAAAGGUCCCACUCAGCAAGUACCAGAUUCUGGAAGAAAGUGCGCUACCAGAUGCCAUCCAGAAAAAGUGUCUCUUUAUUAGGAUUGCAUUUGUUACCAAAAGACUUGAAUUUGCCUUAAAUAACAAAUGAGAAAUGACACUUAAUGACUGAUCAGUUCACACAGUUGGUGAUGGAUGACUGAGGGUCACAUGUAUCUGUUUCGUGCAAUCUCAUACAGAUUUACUGGAGUGAAGGUACUACAGCUUCAUCUGCAGAUGGGAAUCUUUUUUUACUUCUGGCUGGACCAAGAGAACACCUUAAAAUAACAUCUGUAGCACUUGUAGGAAGUACACAAGUAUUUUUCCAAGAAUGAUUCUGUGAAAUUCCAUGGUAUUAAAAAUGAAAGGACAAAAAACUGUAAAAAAUUGAAACCAAUGAAGAAAAUUAGAUUUUUUUUUCUGUAAUUGAAGUUUUAAUAUGAAGGGAAUUACACUAAUUAUGGUUGUGAUAUUACAUAAUGUGCAUGGCUGAUGCCAGUAAAUAUUUGUUUCUUUUUUUUUUGUUUAAAUGAAAUGACACAAACCUUUUCUUUGUUACAAGUUUGUUAUUUGCUUUGUUCAGUUUGUGGAAAGAUAAAUUCCCGUAUUACUGCAUCAGUGUGUUACCGUCCAGGAGAAAAGGUAAGAGACAAUACCAGCCCUCCAAAAGUGCUGUUGAACCUGAUAAAGCUUAAAUACUCUUCCCUGAUCUUUUUUACAUUUGAAAGAUCAAUGCCAUUUGAAUCAAAAAAUUAAUCUCUAGAGAACUUUUUAUUUCCAGUUAAAUGGCUUAAUCCAUUUAUUUACCCAAGUGAAACAACUGGCUAAUGACACAGAGUCUGUCAUGGGGGUACAGGAUGAUUGACUUUAUCCAGCUUACAUUAAGGACCACAUCAAGGGGCAGAGAGAGAUUCCCAUGUUCCCCCUUACAGCAGCUUCCUUUUCACGUUUCCCUCUGCUCUGGUAUGUAAAGAAUCUGAGAUGACUGUGCUAGAGGCUGCAGUCACAGCUUUCCAAACAAAAGGGAUGGGAAAUUGUGUAAAAUAUUGAAUCCUUUCUCUUUUGUUUUAAAAUAUUUUUAAUAGUAUUUGAUAUGCCCCAAGUGUUAACUCUGAAGUUAUGUUUGACUUUUAUGCAGUGAUGUAGUUUGCAAUUAUCUGUUCUUUUUUUGGGGCAGGGAAUUGAUUUGAUUGAUUAAAAACAUUCAUCAGACCUCUUUAAUGCUAUGUUUAUAGCUAUUCAUUUUAUAGAAACAGGAGAUGAGAGGCAAAUUGCCCAUGUAAUUUCAGUCUGUCCUUGAAAGUUACCCUUUUAUUAGAUUUUGAGAUCUUGUAUAGGGAAGUCUCAAGAAUUGGCUGUUACUGCUGCUUGCAACUCUGAAUUUGUGUCCUGACAGCUUCUUUCUUGCAGCACCUUUUGUUCUCCUCCCAUUCAAACUCCAACCUAUAUUUUCUCUUGCAGCUCCUUUAUUUUGAAAUAAGCAACUUGCUUUUGUGUCAAACUCCAUCACUUUCCAAGCUCUUCCAGGAGGCUGUUGCUAAUACAGUCAGUAUUAGGCAGAAUUUUUCCCUCUGGUAUCUCCACUUGUUUGUCUGGAAAAAAUAAUGUUCUGCAACCUUCAGAAUUCAUCUUUUCAUUUACAAAAAUGUUGGCUUUUCUUCUUUCAUGGCUCAAGCAGUAUUCUUAUGUCUCUAUACUCAAAUCUCUUCUGGCUGAUAAGUGACAAAAACAGUGGAAGUAGGUUCUUCUCCCACCUAAAUUACUUUGGUUUCCUCAGUGUGUGCUGGAAACUUGAAAUAGUGCUUUUGAGAGACAGUGCCUUCUGAGUUUUUUGAGUUAUGUGUGUGUUUGGCCAGAAUGGAAUAAGAAUCCCUUCAUCUCAAGAAGAGGAAGGAGUGCAUUUGAAAUGUCAGACUAAUUCAAACUCAAGUAUUUUAUUGAUGAAUGUCAUGUAUGACCUAUGCAGAUGCUCAUAGUCUUUUCUCAUUCUGUGUUUUAGUCACAAGAGAAGUGUCAAGGGAGGAUCAGUCCUAGUCAUGAAGCCACAUUUACUUAGAUGUUAUGCAGUGUGCCUUUAAAUAUGGUGUGUGUUCAGUAGCAGCCUGUUGUAGGGUAAAAAGGCCUUGAGAUCCAUCUGAACAAGGCUAAUUGUUACAGUUCACAUUGAUAGAAGAAUCAAAUAAGACAGAAGCUGUGUGGUUUGGUCACAAAACUCUUCUUUAAGGAGAUCCCUGUAUCAAAUGGGAAGACCAGACACUGGCAUUAUGGUAUUUGUACUCUGAGAACUAGGGUGUAACACUGACUUUGUGUUUUCAUCUUGACAGCUCAAGUAUGCAGGCCAGCCAACAGAGUUCCAGUGACCUCAAUCCUCCUAAUUACUUCUGCUGACUGGAAGAGACUGAAAGGAGAACUGCUACUUGUUAUCCCUGACUUUCGGAAUGGAAGGUUAUUUUGCUGAGCCAAAAUAGUGUUUUUAAAAAAGUAUUUAUUCCUUUUGAUGUAUUUAUACAAAUGAUGCUAAAGUUUUCAUGUGUGUUAUGUAAAGGCACUUUGAGGAAGAGUCCAUUUAAAAAUUUAAUAAAGGCACUACAUAUUUUUUUCAUACA